AUGGACACCGCUUCGGAUAACCGCAAAGUCGGGACGACACUUGACACGCCGCUUCCUCGAAUGUCAUUGUGCCUGGCUAGCGGGACGCUCGACAAGUCGCUGCAUCAUGGCGACACAGGAUUCACUGCACUUCUGGACAAACACUUUGAUAACCGCGAGAGUGUUGCUGUAGAACGUCUGGUUACACUCAAAAAGGCUCUCCGAUCGCCGAGUACGAAAUUGUCCUGGGAUGAGGUCCUCGAAGAAUUGGCAAUGCUCACUCAGGCCCAAUGUGCAUUCGUCAGCUAUGAAGUGGAAAACACAAGCAGUGAAGGAACCGCUCGGGGUAUGAUUACAAAAUGUUAUUAUCAAGACGGAUCUGGAAACCAGACUUUGCUGAAAGAUCGCAAYCMCCCCGCCAUAACUGCGACCUAUCAACAUAUGAAAUACGACAAAGUGUUUCUUAUUCCCGAGGGAUUGCGUUCGGUUGCCCAAUCUAUCGACGCAGCUUUUGCAGCAGAGGCAUUAAUCGCCGUACCCCUGUCAUCUGGGGAGCACAAUGUCGGUCAUUUCGGCAUGAUAUGGACUGUUCAAGGCCUACAGAAACAAACAUUCUCUUGGUCAUAUAUAGAAAUGAUUAUGCAUUCUCUGGAAGAUUUGAUCACUGGUCGGGUUUUGGAUGAAACUGCAUUGCCGACUCAUUCUAGCGAACCAGCUCCCUCGGUACCCUCAGAUCCUAUAUCAUACAAUGUCGACCCGCAUCCUCAACAUACUUCGGCUCCUGCGUCGCCCAUCUUUGCGCACCCUCUGAAGCCAUACGCACCCAGUCUAUCACACGAACUACGAACCCCCAUGCAAGGGGUUGUCGGCAUGCUAGAUGUCAUGCAUGCAAACGUGGAGGAAGCAAUAGACGCCAGAGUCGCUACAAAGUCUUUCCGGCUUUUGCAAGAUUUGAAAGAGAACAUUGAAUUGGUUCAAGACAGCGCUCGACGUGCAGUCGAAGCAGCAGAUAACGUUGUUCAUGCUUAUGAUCUCAAUAUGGAAGUUCCGGAAACCCCACAGAAAGAACUCUACGCCGAUAUCAUGGGAGAUCAGACUACCUCUGGCGGACGCUUCUCGUUCAAAGACAACAAACUUCCAGUCAAUCCCUACAAACGCCGCCGUAGUAUCUCCAUCGACUGGACAGGACAUGGACGCCCAGCCAAACGCUCUUCAAGGAGGAACACCUCCCAAGGUGACUUGUCUCCACGAAGCGAAGUAAAGAAUGCAGUUCAGGAAAGCGACAAGAUCGUGUACUCACCAGCAAAAGGCAGGAUUGAAGAGGUGGUAGGUAAUGCAGUUGCUCAAAGACCAUCGCUAGCUGCAAGACGGAUGGCUCCACAGAUGAUUGUGGAAGGCGCGCCUCCUACCGCUGUACGCCAGACCAAAAUUCGGGAGCUUCUACAUCUUGUUAUUAAUGAGUCAUUACAUGUCGGCAAGCGACCAGAGUCUACAACCAGUCAGAGAACGUUGCUAGGCGAGCAUAUCAACGUUCAUGCGCUGGCAUCGAAUGGGGAUACCUGCGUCAAGAGUAUCGAAUGGUCCGUGGAACCAACCGUACCGGAAAACUUAUACGUUGAUGAACGCGACCUUGCGAAGUUGAUUUCAUGCGUGUUUUUGAAUGCCGUCAAGUUCACCGAGAGUGGCGAGAUCAAGGUCUUGGCUACAUCCAGCAACAAAACCCCUCAGUAUGUCCGAGUCAACAUUCGCGAUACCGGUACAGGAAUACCAGAGGAGUUCUUUCCCAGUCUUUUCAAGCCUUUUGCACGAGAGGAUGACUCAACCACCCGCACGAGAGAUGGACUUGGACUUGGUCUUCUGGUGGCCAAAGGACUGGCGAGAAAAAUGGGCGGCGAUUUGCUUUGUGUUCAUUCCUCUACCUCUGGCCCUGAUCGAGGAUCCGAGUUUGAGAUUCGUAUUCCUCUCAACCCUGGUGGUAUUCUUAGCCGACCAAACACUUCGCACAAUGGGUCUGCAGCCCCAUUGGCCACGCCUCCACAGGCUUUGGAAAUCAUCCCACCUAGAAACUUUGCUGAUGUUGCAAUGGCCAAUACAACUAGCCAUCAUGAGAGUCUAGAUAUGCUGCCGCCACCAGAGACAGCCGUUACUCUCGACCACCCUGUCAUUUCUAUCCCCACUAUCCACUCAGCGAGCCAGCUGUCUAGCGCGCUUCAUGGCGUCGGACUUGGAAAGACACACCCCCUUACUUUCCUCGUGGCUGAGGAUAAUCAAAUCAAUCGAAAGAUCUUAGUAAAUAUGCUAAGCAAGCUAGGAUACUUGGAUGUUUAUGAAGCUUACGACGGACGAGAAGCAGUCCGAAUCAUGCAAGAGACCUUAUUAUCGUCCUACCCGUUGCCCUCCCCCAUGUCAUCGCCGUCUAUCCAAGGAAGCGACAGUGGCAUUGAACAAUCGAUUUCUCCGUCUGAAAUGGCGAAUCCAGGCAACCGAAAGAAGGUCAAGCCGAUUGAUGUCGUUCUUAUGGAUCUCUGGAUGCCGGAGAUGGAUGGCUACGAGGCUACAUCGAAGAUUUUACAGAUGGUGGACGAGCAUUGCCACCGCCUGGCACCCAUGGAUAAGCCUGAUCAGAGUCCUGUGGAAAAUUGGGACCAGAGAAGUGGAUCAGAUUCUCCGUCGAUGUUCGACAUCUCGCCAAAGGUCCUGGCAGUGAGCGCAGAUGUAACGGAUGAAGCAUUGAAUCGGGCUUCACAAGUCGGCAUUCAGGGUUACAUGACCAAGCCAUACAAAUUAGCUGACCUGGAGCGGCUGAUUGUGGACUGUUGUUUUCCCCAGCUAUGA